AUGACAACAGCGAUGCCAUUCAAACACGAUGUUCAUGCGUCGAAUAACGGAAAUCGUAUUCAUCCAACUGACAUAAUGGCAUCUGAUCAGGCGACAACUAUUCCUAAUAAUUCCGAGGAACCAAACGAUGGUGAUGUUGAUCUGUGCGGAUGGGUAUUAGUUGUGUGUUCGUUUAUUCUUGUGAUUCUUGCAUUUCCAAUUACAAUAUUCUAUUGCAUUAAUGUUGUUCAAGAAUAUGAACGUGCUGUGAUUUUUCGUCUUGGACGAAAUCGACAAGGCGGUGCUAAAGGUCCCGGUCUAUUUUUUAUUCUACCUUGUGUAGAUUCAAUUAUCAAAGUUGAUUUACGAACAACAACAUUCAAUGUUGCACCUCAAGAGAUUUUGACACGCGAUUCAGUCACAGUUACAGUUGACGCUGUAAUUUAUAGUCGUAUUGUUGACCCAGUCACAUCGGUAACCAAAGUAACUAAUGUUAAAUCUGCAACAGAAUUGUUAGCUCAAACAACGUUACGGAAUAUUCUUGGUACAAAAAAUCUUCAUGAAAUUCUAAGUGAACGAGAAAUAAUAGCUAAUCAGAUGGAAGUUCACUUAGAUGAAGGAAGUUCACCAUGGGGCAUUAAAAUUGAACGUGUGGAAAUUACUGAUGUGCGUUUACCACAAUCCAUGCAGCGCUCAAUGGCCGCUGAAGCUGAAGCAAGUCGUGAAGCUCGUGCUAAAGUCAUUGCUGCUGAAGGCGAACAAAAAGCAUCAAGACAACUGAAAGAAGCAGCCGAUGUUAUUGCGGAAUCGCCUAUUGCUCUACAAUUACGUUAUUUACAAACGUUAACACAAAUUUCAGCUGAGAAAAAUUCAACCAUCAUCUUUCCCGUUCCAAUCGAAUUACUCAAUAUGGUGAAAAAUAGACAUUAG